CCCGCAGCCGGACCGGACCAUGGCUUGGGGCGAGCUCGGGCUCCUCCGCUGGCUGCGGGAGAGCCGGCAGUCCCGCAAACUCAUCCUGCUCAUCGUCUUCAUCGCCCUGCUCCUGGACAACAUGCUGCUGACCGUGGUCGUGCCAAUAAUUCCCAGUUACCUUUACAGCAUCGAACACGAGAAAAAUGCCACAGAAAUCCAGACUACCAAGCCCAAGCUGAUCUCAGCAACCAUGGACAGUUUUCAGAGCAUCUUCUCCUACUACGACAACACAACGAUGGUUACGGGAAAUGAAUCCGAUAAGACCCAACCCAGCGAGCUGCAUCCCACUCAGACAGAACAGAUGAUAGUGAAUGUGACUCCUGCCCCGUCUGACUGCCCCAGGGAUGAUAAGGAGCUGCUGAAUGAAAAUGUUCGAGUUGGGCUCCUGUUUGCUUCAAAAGCCACAGUGCAGCUGCUGACCAACCCCUUCAUAGGGCCGCUGACAAACAGAAUAGGCUACCAGAUCCCACUGUUUGCUGGCUUCUGCAUCAUGUUUGUGUCGACAAUCAUGUUUGCCUUCUCUGGAAGCUAUGCAUUGCUGUUUAUUGCCAGGUCCCUUCAAGGAGUGGGUUCCUCCUGUUCUUCAGUGGCAGGGAUGGGUUUGCUGGCCACUGUGUAUACGGAUGAUGAGGAGAGAGGCAACGCAAUGGGAAUUGCACUGGGAGGCCUUGCCAUGGGAGUGUUAGUGGGGCCACCCUUUGGGAGUGUCAUGUAUGAGUUUGUGGGGAAGAGUUCUCCUUUCCUGGUUCUGGCAGCGCUGGCUCUGUUAGAUGGAGCUGUUCAGUUGCUUGUUCUGCAGCCAUCCAGAACACAGGCAGAGAGUCAGAAGGGGACACCGCUACUGACACUUCUGAAGGACCCCUAUAUCAUUAUUGCAGCAGGAUCAAUCUGCUUUGCCAACAUGGCUAUUGCUAUGCUUGAACCAGCUUUACCCAUCUGGAUGAUGGAGACCAUGUGCUCAAAAAAAUGGCAGCUUGGUGUUGCUUUUCUCCCAGCUAGUGUCUCUUAUCUCAUUGGGACUAAUCUUUUCGGGAUACUUGCGCACAAAAUUGGAAGGUGGCUCUGUGCUCUGCUGGGGAUGCUAAUCGUGGGAAUAAGUAUUUUAUGUGUACCAUUUGCUAAAAACAUUUAUGGGCUCAUAGCACCAACCUUUGGAGUUGGAUUUGCCAUUGGAAUGGUGGACUCCUCCAUGAUGCCCAUCAUGGGCUACCUGGUGGACCUGCGCCACGUGUCAGUGUACGGCAGCGUGUACGCGAUUGCCGACGUGGCCUUCUGCAUGGGCUUCGCCAUAGGUCCCUCUGCUGGUGGUGCCAUUGCAAAGGCCAUUGGAUUCCCAUGGCUCAUGACAAUUAUAGGGAUUGUGGAUAUCCUCUUCGCUCCCCUGUGCUUUUUCCUUCGAAGUCCACCUGCCAAAGAAGAGAAAAUGGCAAUACUCAUGGAUCACAACUGUCCUGUGAAAACAAAAAUGUACACCCAGAACAACAUCCAGUCCUACCCCAUAGGUGAAGAAGAAGAAUAUGAAAGUGAUGAAUAACAGAAAAGCCAUAGAACAUAUCCUGGUGUACAAAAUGCUGUGGUUCAUGUGAAACAUUUCAUCCAGAAAUAGGUUUUAGUUGUACUGUACAUUUAAUGGUGAAAUGGUCAAACAAACCAAAGGUAUAUUAUUCACUGCCCGUGGUUAUCAAGCAGACUGCUAACCGCCUUACAAGGGGGGGAAAGCUUUUAUAGAGGAUUUGUAUAGUGUUAAUCUUUGUGUAUUUAAUUUUAUUGAAUAUUACACUAUAUUUUUUAUUAAAUGUGUAGUAUAAAUCUGUAUAAACGUGAAUUUUAACUAUUUGGUUUUUAAAGUUAACUCAUUGACAGUAUUUCAUACUUUAUUUGAAGUCAUAUGUUAUUGUCAAGAGUCUUCUUUCUUUCUAGUCUGACUGGAAAUCUAAAAAAAAGGCAAAAUGAAGGAAAACUUAUCUAAUUUGAAUCCUUUUAAGUGGUACCCUUGUAAGUACAUUGAGAGGAGAUGAAGGCUGGAAUUCAGUGUGGACAGCACUGUUGCUUUUUUCAUCAGCUUCAGGUUGUAAUAAUGGACAUAUAAAAAUAAAUAAAAGGCACCAUUUCCUUGCCAACUUAAAUAAUGAGCUCUCCCUGAACGACUCAUGAAGUGUUGGGGAAAACACGAAGCCCCCCCAAAACACACCACCAGGUAAACAAGUAGGUAUGGGCAUGUACUAUUCCUUUCCCUUAAAGAGAGUGAGAACAGCAUGAGGAUCCCUUUUUAUAUUUCUUUUGACUCUUUUAACAUAUCUUAACUUUGGUUUUGUUGCAUCAUAAGUGACUGGUUAAGGAAAGCUGCAUUGUUACAGUAUUUUGUCUUAGCAGGUACUAAAAGUGACUGCCAUAAGCAGUUUAAACAAACAGCUCUUACAUGCAUUUGCAUACACAUCUGGAAAUUUAAUAUAUAUUUAUUUUUUUAAAGUAAGUUAAAUUAUCAACUUUGCUUAAAAAAAAAAAAAAAAAGGAAAAAAUAACCAGUUUGUUGCCAAUCUAAAUCUCAACAUUUGGGAACACAGUCCAAUACAGGUAAAGUAUUAGGCAGUCCCUAUCUGCAUUGAGAAAAAACACUUGGGAAAAAAGCAUUUUAAACCAAUCCCAAUGUCCUUCUCAUCUGUGGUGUAUUACUUCACUUAUAAAAUUAAAAUCUUUAUGUGCCUUCUUUCAUGUAAUUGCAGAUGUUUUCUGUACUACAGCAUAGAUACUAUGUUUACAUAUAGUUUUGUAAAGCGUAUAUACUAUGGUCAGAAAAUAUGAGAAUUAUAGUGGAUCAAACUUCAAGUGUUGCUCUGUCAAUAAUUACCCACUGAGAACGCAUUAAAAUAAAGUUAUCUGACAGAAGUUCAUGAUCUAUUGUAAUAAAGUGGAAAAAAAAUUAAAAAAGAA